UGCUAACUAAUUGUAUUCCAACUCCUUUAGACAAGUAUCUUCCACCACAUAUUCGUGAUAAAGUUGAUGUUUCAGAGACUGAUAAAAUUAAAUCAGAACAAAAAAUACGGUUACAACGCCAGUUUCAAGGAUUACUAAACAGAUUAAGUGAAUCUAAUAUCGAAAAUAUAAUUGUGAGCAUAAAAGAAUUAUAUGACAAGCACAUACGACAUGAUGUGAUAUCGACACUUACAAAACUCGUUUUGAAUAUGAUCUCAUCAAAGACAAUGCUUUUGGAUCAAUUCGUAAUUUUGUAUGCUGCUUUUGUUGCAGCAUUAUAUAAAACUAUAGGGAUUGAUUUUUGUGCAAAUUUCAUACAGACCCUUGUUGAAGAAUUUGAGAGUUUCCAUGGCCAAUUUAAUAGAUCAAUAGACACAAAAGACAUUGAUUGUAAUGGUGGCAAAGAGU